UAAAAACUCAGCACAGCUGUGAGUCUGAUCAGAAGCGCUAAUUUGGGGAGUUGCGUUCGUUGUUCGUUUUGUCAGACUUGUUGAAUCGGUACUUUCGGUUUUCCUGUGUGUCCUGUUCUGCGUUUUGAAGAAAAGAAAGACAAGAAAAGGCUAAGAGUAGAGAGAAGUCAGCGGUAGUAGUCUGAUCUCCCAACAGAACUGACAAGAGGUGUGAAUUCAUGUCUGUAUUUUCACCGCAGAUAUACUGGUCUUCGUUGUCACUGUUCAUCCCGCAGUCUUCCUCCUCUUCCUCCUGCUGCAUUUUGCAUGCCUGCCUCACCCUCCUCUGCUCCCCACUCAAGCCCAGUGUGUGUGUUCAGCCGAGAUAUGACUGAGGUGGUGAUGAUCAGCAGCACACCCAUGGAGGACAUGAGGCUCAGUCCCAGCAAGGACAGACUCUCCUUCCAGAUCUUUCCAGACCCCUCAGACUUUGACCGUUGCUGUAAGCUUAAAGAUAGACUACCAUCAAUUGUGGUUGAGCCAACAGAAGGAGAAGUUGAGAGCGGGGAGCUUCGCUGGCCUCCAGAGGAAUUCCUGGUCAGUGAAGAGGAGGAGGAAGAGGAGGAAGACCAGAAUGAUGGCAACAUCCAAAAUGGACAGCCAGCAGAAAAUUCUCAGCACUAGAGGCUGUUUCAGCACCUGCUCUUAUUUCUGAUGGGCCCUACCUUUCACACACUGGUUACACUUCACCAGAGCACUCCAGACUUGACUGACACAUUCAGUGUCCUUUGAUGCAAACUCUUUACCAAUGUCACCAAAAAAAUAAAAAAUAAUAAAAAUUAGAACAGAAAAUGCUCUGACAAGUGAAGAAAUACACUUGCACAUAAUUUCUUACAUGUUAAGUUAUUAUUCCAUGCUGAAAUCCCAUCAGACCAGACCUGAAAAGACUAGACCAUGCACACCUCUGGCCCACACCUAGUUCUCACCACAGCCUCCUCCACACAUGUCAGCUCCAAGCAGGUGCGCUAUUGGAAAGCAGCGACUUGGUGCUCCAUGGACAGCUCUUACUCUGCAGGGGACCACAGCUGCUCUCUGCUUAUCUCCAAAAUGGCUGGCAUCAUGACCCCAGAGGCUUCAUACUUGAGUGCAGAUCUUUUGUGGUACCUGUGGGAAUUAUUGUACAGUUCAUCUUCUGUGUAUGUUUUCUUGAUUGUUAUAAUUAUUGCCACUGCUGUCUAUAGAUUUGUCUCAGAACUGAAUGUUGUAAAUGUCGGGUUUUUGAGAAGUGGGUUUUUGGUUGUGUUUUUUUUUUUUUUGUUUUGUUUUGUUUUGUUUUUGUUUGUGCAAAAAUGUUAGUGGGAUGUUUCCUCUACACAGAAUAUGUCUAAAUUUAUACUUUUGUGAGCUUAGGUGUUUAUAGUUAAAAGGCAGGCUGUAGCAGAAUAUGAGAAGGUGAUGGGAUGGCAUACCCUGUGAUGCUGUAGAACUGUGGUGAUUCACUUUAAAGGCUUAUGCACUGAAACCAGAGUUAUGCUAUAAUUCUGUCAUCCAUUUGGCCUCUUUUGAAAGGGUCCUUGGAAGACAAAGCAAACUGUUUGAGGAUGAGAUGUUAAAUUGAAAAGCUAAGUGAAGAUGGCCAAUUGUAUAAUUUGAAACAAAGCAUUUGAUAAAGUAUUGCACAGACCCAAUGAAAGCUGGGUAAAUGUGUGUUCCAGUUAGUUGUUCCCUGAAGCCUUGCAAUGUGCUGAACUGAAAGUUGAAAACCUUUUUUCUAGUCUUCCUGUUUCUAAAAACAGCCAUACUCUCUGAGACCAUACAGCCCUGGUUGAGAAAAUUCACCCUGUGUGAUGGCGCUCAUAUGAGAGCCUAGGCAAUACCUGAUGCAGUACUUCUUGACAUGUUUUCCAAAAACUGUUAAUGGGAAACGGUUUGUUCUGUAAUGUCACAUUUUUUGCCUGUAUGUAACUUUUUGGAAUUUUCUCUUUCCUCUAAACAAUUGACAGUAUGUGAAACAGGUUUUAAAGAUUUCUGUUAUUGUGGAUAAUGUGAUGUUACUGUUGUAAAAGCAUGGCUGAGAUGUAGCUUUCUUUAAAUUUCUUCGAGUGGCAUUAGGGCUGUGUACAGAGCAUCUUUCUCCUGUCACCCGCAGGUCCCACAUUGUUUUUGUAAAGCUCAGGGAGAUUAGCUGCCAUCUUUCUCUUACUGUUUGUUUUUUUUUUCUU